AUGUCUGAAGCAUUACUGUGGGCUGUCACAAAAACAACACUUGCGCACAUUGCUACUUUUGCUGGUGAUCUUACCUGCAGUUAUGCUACACAAGGCAUUUUAGCAGCUCAAGGUGUCCGAAACGACCUCAAAAAGAUUGAGAACAAGCUGAUUGCUAUUCGCGCUGUUCUGCAAGAUGCAGAAAGUAAGCAAUAUGAUAGUGAGGCUGUCAAGAUUUGGCUGAAAGAUCUCAAAAAUGUUGUGUAUGAUAUAGAUGACCUCUUGGAUGAAGUUCACACUGAUCUGUUACGAAAGAGAAUCAACAAAAGCCAUCUGCUUCGACAAAUCAGAUCUUGGAUUGAUGGUCAUGAUCCAAUUGAAGUAUACAACAUUGAGAGGAAUCCUUUAGAUGCAUAUUCAUAUGUGAAGAAAUCAGAAAUUAUUGGUAGAGAUGAAGCUAGGUCCGAAAUAAUUAGACGUUUAACCAGUAGUACUAGUGUUGGAGAUGCUAGUAGGUUGGUUGUGCUUCCGAUAGUUGGGUUUGGUGGGAUUGGGAAAACAGCAUUGGCAAAGCUUGUUUUUAAUGAUGAGUGGGUUGCUAGUAACUUUGAUAUUAAGUUGUGGGCAUGUGUCUCUGAAAAAUUUGAUCUGCAGAAGACUAUAGAAGAAAUUUUGAAUUCUGUAAGUAAUGAAACCACUGCAAACCUCAACAUGAGACAGUUGCAUGAAAAACUCCGUGAGAUAUUGGAUGGUCGUAAGCAUUUCCUUGUGCUGGACGAUGUGUGGAUCGAGGACAUCAAAGUAUGGAGAGACUUGGAGAAUUUGGUAGCUGUAAGUGAAAAAGGAAGUGUAAUUUUGGUUACUACAAGAAGUGAUAUGGUUGCAUCAACAGUUGGAAAUGUUGAUCCAUAUUGUUUGGAUAAUCUUCCUGGUGAUGAUAGCAAGCUUAAUCCUCCAAUUUUGUCAUGCCUGUGGAGUGCACUUGGAAUCUUGCAACGAGGUAACGACAAUGAAGAGUUAGAAUCUAUUGGAUACAAGUAUUGUGAAGACCUAUUGUCAAGAUGUCUUCUUCAGGAUGCAUUUCUUGUGUUCACUGAAACUAUAAGUGAAUGUAGAAUGCACGACUUAUUCCACGAUUUAGCAACUGACCUUGUUGGUGAAGAGAUAGCUGUUGUGACCAGUAAUCAUCUUAAUGUUUCAGACAUGUGCAGACAUUUAGUAUGGGGAUAUGAAGGAGGUGAAGGUUUAUCAGAUAAGAAUUUCCCAAAAGAGCUACUCAGAGCAAAGAAGGCUCGAACUUUCAGAUUUGGCUAUGCAAUGGGAUAUAUUAGCAAGUCAUUUAUUGAAAGUAUUAUACACAACUUCAGGUGCUUACGUGUGUUGGAUUUGCAUCAGAGUAGCUUCGAGGAGUUACCGAUGUCAAUUGGGAAGUUAGAACAUCUAAGAUAUCUUGACCUAUCCUACAACCCAAUCAUCAAAUUUCUUCCAAGUACACUAUGCAAGUUGUUGAAUCUACAAUCGUUGUAUGUUCCAGGGUGUGAGCAGUUACAAGAGCUACCCAGAGAUAUUGACCAGUUGGUAAGCCUAAGGUAUUUGUCUGUGACUAUGAAUCAAGUGAGCUUAGCUAGCACCAAAUUUAAUGGCUUAAGUUCUCUAGGACGACUAGAAUUAUACUCGUGUGAAGAAUUAACAACUUUGUGGAAUGGAUUUUCUUUUCAAUUCCACACUACCCUGGUAGAGCUUCACAUUGUUAAUUGUCAGAAAUUGAUUUGUCUUCCUGAUAGCAAAAAAUACCUUGUUGCCCUUGAGACAUUGAUCAUUCGUGAUUGUCAAGAGCUUGAUUUGGAGAAAGGGGACAACCUAUGUGGGCUUCAAAGCCUUCGAACCUUGGAAAUUACCGGUGUUCCAAAGCUAGAACGUUUACCAGAUGGCAUCCAUUCUGCUGCAAGUUCUCUUCAAUAUCUCUGGAUUGAAGGUUGUGCAGGACUGACUACGCUUCCAAAUUGGUUGCAGCAUUUCACUUCGCUUAGAAGAAUUCUUCUUUUCAGUUGCAUAAAUAUAGUAGCUCUCCCGGAGGGAUUUAGCCAGCUUCAUUGUUUGCAGAAGCUACAGAUUAAGAAUUGCCUCCAUCUUAGUAAAAGAUGUGCAAGACAUACAGGAGAAGAUUACCCUCAUAUCUCUCGCGUGCCUGAAGUUUACCUCUAUGAAUAA